CGUGUUUUGCGAGCCAAAAAAUUCGUUAUAGCGACUGGUUUGAGGCCAAAAUAUCCGGCAAUUAAAGGCGCAGAAUAUGGCAUAUCAUCGGAUGAUCUGUUCUCUUGGAAAAAGAAGCCUGGUAAAACACUCGUCGUUGGUAGCAGUUAUAUUGGCUUAGAGUGUGCUGGCUUGUUGAGAGGGCUCGGAUUUGAUGUUCACUUAAUGAUCAGAUCGAUUCCACUGAGAAAUUUCGAUCAGAAGCUGAAAGGCGUUAUCGAUAACUAUGGAAUGCAGUUGUUUGCUCGUAUGGAUUGCAUCUAA